GGUUGGUUUAUAAUAAUGGGAGAGAGAGACUAUCCAAUGAAAAUGAAAAUCGGGGGUAUAGAUAGGAGGAGCAUUGGAUUGCUUACUACCUUCCCGGCUGUUUGUCAUCGGCAAGUAAAAGUAAAACCCUCCUCAUUGCGAGUGCUUUUAAAACCCUACGACUACUACGACUGCUUGAAUCAAUCGGCUGCCAUGAAAUCUCCUCUGGAAGAAUCCGACGUCGGCAUCUCCUGCUACAUCUCUCCGCUCCCUGGUUUUCGAGGCAUUCUCAAGCAACGAUAUUCUGAUUUUGUGGUGAAUGAAGUCGAUUUGAAUGGGAAUGUUAUUCAUUUGACCUCCCUCGAAGCGCCAACUGAGGUGAAGCAGACAGCGGAAGAACAUCAACUGAAUGGUAAUCAUGAUGAUGAAAUCGAAUCAUUUAGAGCUCUAGCCGGUGACUCUGAUGCCAACUCCCUAAAGGAAUUCAUAGAUAAAGCUACUGCUACUUCAGAUGGAGCUACCUCCAUUCUUCUUUCUUCAACUUCUGAUAAACUUCACCGCACGGCAAUGCAUAAUUUCUUUAAAGAAAAACUCAACUUCUUGGUUACCGACACAGUAGAUGGACCUGAGCCCUCAUCAAAAUGCAUUCGCGUGAGAUUAAAUUCAGGGGCUUCUUCUAAGAAACGGAAAGGCAGAGGUGACAACACUCCUUAUUAUGAUAGUCGCGGUUCAGAUCACUGGCCAGAUCACCUUGGAAAGUUCCUCAGAUUUCAUCUAUGCAAGGAAAACAAGGAUACACAAGAGGCACUAGGGUUGAUUGGAAAGAUGCUUGGGAUUCAGCCAAGGUCAUUUGGAUUUUCUGGUACAAAAGACAAGCGUGCAGUAACGACUCAACAGGUUACUGUAUUCAAGCAGCGGGCAAAUAGAUUAGCUAGUCUAAAUAGUAGAUUAAUUGGAAUUAAAGUUGGUGACUUUUGUUAUGUGAAUGAAGGGCUUGUUCUUGGUCAGCUUCAUGGGAAUCGAUUCACAAUCACACUGAGGGGAGUGGUUGCAGAUUCAGAGGAUACUGUAAAAGCAGCAGCAGAUGCCUUGGGAAAGCAUGGAUUCAUAAACUAUUUUGGCAUGCAGCGAUUUGGCACUGGUUCUGUACCUACUCACCUCAUUGGUGCUAAACUACUUCGUGGAGAAUGGAAAGAGGCAGUGAGCAUGAUUCUUGAUCCAAGGGAUGGUGAAAAGGAUGACAUAAGGAGGAUACGGGAAUAUUACAAAGAAAGUGAAGACAUUGAUGGGACCUUGAGGCAAUUGCCUCGCUUUCUGGUAGCUGAAAAGGCCAUACUGCAGUGUUUGAAAAAGAGUCCUGGGAACUACUUGCAAGCUAUGAAGGCUGUACCUAGGACCCUUAGAAUGAUGUAUGUGCACAGUUACCAAAGCUAUCUGUGGAACCACGCCGCUAGCAUGAGAGUACAAAAAUACGGGACUGAGCAAGUAGUGUUAGGGGAUUUAGUCUAUUGCAAUGAGGAAAGUUGUAAUGAAGUUGUUGAUUCUGAAUUUGAAGCACUCGGGUGCAAUGAUUCAUCUGAGAUUAACCAUUUAGAUGAGGUUGAUGCACGUGCAUCUGAAGGAAAUUGCACCUCGGUUAAGGUAGUGAACAGUGAAGACCUUGCUUCAGGACGUUACACUUAUACUGACGUCGUUCUUCCUUUGCCUGGUUCAAGGGUAAUUUAUCCACAGAAUGACAUUGAACAAUGCUAUCAAGAUUUGGCCAACAAGGAUGGUGUCAGCUUGACAGAGAGUAUGCAUAACGUCAAGGAGUUCUCACUGACAAGCAUGACUGGAGCUUAUCGACGGGUAUUUGGAAAGGCAAAGGAUUUUGAAUGGGAGUUGAUAAAGUAUAAAGACGUAAGUAUCCCGUUGACAAGGACGGAUUUAGACAUUGUUACAAAAGCUAACAAAACACAAAACGAAGAAGCAGUGUUGCAAGGGGAGCAGUUAGCCCUCAAAUUGAGCUUCACACUUGCAGCAUCUUGCUAUGCAACUAUGGCAAUCAGGGAGCUGCUCAAAACAUCAACUUCUGUUGCUUUUCACAAAGCAUUGAACCAGUAGACUUGUCAUACUGGAGAUUGGAUUACAAGGUGGCGAAGGCCUAGUAUGGAGAGAAGAAAUGCAUCGGUAGGCUGAUCUAAUUUAUAAAAUUUUGUCUCUUUUACAUUAGUAAACAUUUGGACUUGACAAUUAGACAAUCAGUAGAUGUUUGUUUGAAAUUUCUGAAGUCGUCUCUUUUACCCCAACCAGGUUCAUAAACGGUUAUGUAAUAACUAUUUUGCGAGCUUAAUGAAAAAACAGUUGGGCUGUA